CCAAUUUGCGAAAUAUAUAAAUGAAGUAUGUCCCGUAUGGCCGUAAGGUUUGAUUAACUCCUCCCUUUCUCAAACGUGACAGAAGUUGCUACUCCUAUAGUCCUAUAGCAGCCGACUUGUUAAGUUCUUGUACGUUCCACAUCGUCGAAUCCACAAAUGUCUCAACGAGGUGUUUGGCAGCUUCAGAAGCUGGUAGUCAGCUACUGUAACUGGGGUGGAAGCAGUAGGGGUAUCAGGGCAUUUAUGGAAUCUGAAUUACCGUCAUUUAAGGAAGCCAACCCUCAGUUAGAGGUGGUUACCGAGCUUAACCGCGGUCAACAUCCUUAUUUGAAAGGAUUAUAUAAGAAUAAAAACGAACGGGUCGUAUCUGUGAUGAACAUGACUACAGAAGACGUACUGCUUUGUGCAACGAGGCUUAGAAAUUCGUUGGGAAGAAAGGUGGUGAAGCUGAAGACUAGACAUGUUACCAAACACCCCAGUGUUCAAGGAACAUGGACCACAGACAUGAAGAUCUGAAGCCCAAUAAUGACUGACGAACCUUUUUCCAUGUGUUUGGAACCGAUAUGCAAGUACUAUUCCCUUUUUGCUCGAGGAUAAUAAAGAUUUGCAAUAGAUUAUCUUUAUAAAUGCUUCACUCAUUGUCUUGAGAUUCCUUUUGAUGUGAAA